AUGAACGCACUGCUUACGCCUCUCGCCUCCGUCCUCGACACGCUGUGCACCCCGGACGAAGGCAUCGUGGACGUCGGGAAAGUUCUCGACAUGCCAGUGACUGCGCCGUUUACCGCCGUCCAUGCAGGCACGCUGUGGGGUGUCGAUGUGCUCAUUUACGUACUACCUCUCGACACCUUGCCGGCGACGAUGCGGUUCCCCGUGCGCAUGGGCUCCCUUUUCUUCGGCGAGACGACCGAGGCAAGCAAGAUGCUGGCGCUGCGCUGCAUGAUGCACAAAGAACACGCCUUCUACGUGGUCACGGAGCGUACUGCAAACGGCGUCUUGCGCAGCCUCUUGGAGAGCCAAACGCUCCUGGACGUUCGCAGCAGCCUCCAGAUCCUGCUCGACGUGGCCAUAGGCAUGCGUUACCUCCACGACCGCGACAUCAUUCACCGCUCACUGACGGCGAGCUCUGUCCACCUCACAAAAUUUGGCGCCAAGAUUGGCAGCCACACGUUUUGCCGCGAAAUCGACACGCGACCGAUGACCAACAUUGGGAUUCCAUUCUACGCCGCGCCAGAAAUCCUCGUCGGCAAUCAUGUGUACACGGAGAAGGUCGACGUCUACAGCUUUGCAAUGCGUACGUAUACUGCCACGUCUCUCGAUCCGUAUGCCAACGUGGAUGCCCCCGAGGCCAAGAUCUUGAAGUUUAUUGUCCAGCACCACUACCGCCCUGUCUUUGUCCGCACAUCCGAGUGGCCCGCUGCCUUGUUCACACUCAUGGAGAAGUGUUGGCAUCCUGAUCCCCAAGAGCGUCCGUCAUUUCCCGUGAUUGUUGAGCGCCUCGAGGCGAUGCUAGUGGAGCAAGCAUGA